CUGGAUGUCAGAUCCUGGAAGUCCAAGCACUCAGUCACUGGGUGCUUUGGGACUCCUCCUACCACUACCAGACCAAGCCCGCAAUGUGGGUCUCCGAGUAGCGUAGAGGCCUUCCAGCCUCCGCGCCUGCGUACUCGGCGCCCUCCCUCCCGCACCAUGAAGGUACUCCGGCGCGCAUGGCGGCGCCGAGUGGUGCUGGCCCUAAGCGGCCUGGCGUUUUGCAGCACCACUCUGUUGUAUUUGGCGCGCUGUGCUUCCGAGGGCGAGACGCCCGCAGCCGCUGGAGCCCCUCAACCCCGCGAUAAGGCCUUCCUGGCAGUGCUAGUGGCCAGUGCGCCCCGCGCGGUUGAGCGCCGCAGCGCGGUGCGCAGCACGUGGCUGGCACAGGGGAGGCGCGGCGGCCCUAAGGACGUGUGGGCGCGCUUUGCUGUAGGCACCAGUGGCCUGGGCACAGAGGAGCGGCGCACUCUUGAGCUCGAGCAAGCACAGCACGGGGACCUGCUGCUGCUGCCCGCCCUGCGCGAUGCCUACGAAAACCUCACGGCCAAGGUCCUGGCCAUGUUGACUUGGCUGGACGAGCACGUGGACUUCGAGUUCGUGCUCAAGGCGGAUGACGACUCCUUUGCACGCCUGGACGCCCUAUUGGCAGAGCUACGCGCACGUGAGCCUGCACGUCGCCGUCGCCUCUAUUGGGGCUUCUUUUCUGGGCGUGGGCGAGUCAAGCCCGGAGGUCGCUGGCGAGAAGCUGCCUGGCAACUCUGCGACUACUACCUGCCCUAUGCUCUGGGUGGUGGGUACAUCCUCUCUUCGGACCUGGUGCAUUACCUGCGCCUCAGCCGCGAAUACCUGCGCGCGUGGCACAGUGAAGAUGUAUCGCUGGGCGCCUGGCUGGCACCAGUGGAUGUGCAGCGGGAGCAUGACCCACGCUUCGACACAGAGUACAAAUCACGGGGCUGCAGCAAUCAGUACCUGGUGACACACAAACAGAGCCCGGAGGACAUGCUGGAGAAGCAACAGACGCUGCUUCACAGGGGCCGAUUGUGCAAGCAAGAGGUGCAGUUGCGCCUCUCCUAUGUCUAUGAUUGGUCAGCGCCACCCUCCCAGUGCUGCCAGCGCAAGGAGGGCAUUCCCUGAUGUCAUUGCAUGUGCUGUGGCCUCUCUGGUCACAGGCCAAGCUGCCUGGACAAUCUGGCCAAUUGUCUGGGGUGAGCCUGGUUUAUCCAAUUACUGUUGAGGCCUUGGGACCUCAGUCCACUUACUGAUGGCCAGAGGCAGCUAUCAACAUCUAGUCCAUGCCCUGGAGGGUGUGCUCAUUAGUGGUCUUGUGUAAGACCUGUCCAGGGGCAUCUGGUUAUGGAUUUGUAGAUUGCAUAUGCACCCCACACACACCUCCAGCCAGUGUAAUGCCACCUAUGAGCCAUCUGAGGUGUGAGGGCAGGGGUCCUCCUCACUUGAUGAGUUUAUAGUACUGAAUUCUGUCUCUACUUACACUAUGCAGCUCACUGCCCAUCUUGAACAUUCUGCACAGCCCUGUCUGCAGAGUGACCUGCAGACUGUAUUGAAUUUAUCUGUGUAUUGCCAUCAAAAUGUUAUUUGCCUAAAUGGUCAUUGUAUUGUUUGGACAAAGUUCCAUUCUGUUGUGUCUCCUGUCUUUAUCCUUUGUCAUGUACAAGUCUGACAUUUGACUUGAUUUUCAAGUCAGCUAGCUUAGAUAGUAUUUUUGUCUCUGAAGAUAGUUUGGUAAAUAUAAUUCAGUUUGGUUGAAACUUAUUUAUAAAUACUGUAAACUUG